UACCUGUACGACCUUAUGCUAUUCCACUAUACCACCUCAUGAAGUACCUCUACGACCUCAUGCUGCACGACCUCAUGAAGCACCUGUACGACCUCAUGCUGUACCACCUCAUGGUCUGCCUCAUGGACUACCACCACAACAUCACCUUCUACAUCCCCACAUCCACUUCCUCAUGA